GGAACCUGCAUCUCCCAAGUCCCAGCCCAGCAGUGUUCCAGCCACACCACGCUGGGUUUGGUACCAGGCUUACACAGAGCGGCUCCUUUGAAAUAAAUGGGAAUUUAACUUCGACUGAGAUUGGUGGAUAUCUCUGCUUAACUAUCCAGGCAUCUGUGGAGGCUGCCACACAUACUGAGCGACCCCCACUGUGUGCCCUCCAUCCUGGGUGAUGGGGGUCUCUUCCCAGCACCAGAAAGGCGCUAAAAGCAAGAAAAAACGGAGAAGGCAGGACUUGCCUGCCUCCUUACCCCAGCGAGGGGGUGCCAAGGAAAGCAAGGGGGCAUCUUUCCCCAGAUUGGAACCUGCAGCAGCUGAGUACUUCUGUCGGGCUCAUGAGACCUUGAAAUCUGGGUUUGACUCUGAGGAGGAAAAGGGGCUCUUCGUGAGCAAUGUCUUGGAGGAGGCGGAAGCGGUGGCCCUGCCACUCGCCCUGGAUGCCGCUGGUUCCCUGCUCCUCCAGGCCCUGGUUCCUUUUGCGGCGGCAUCCAGCUUAUGCAGUCUGCUGCGAGCCCUGGCCCCUUCGCUCCACCUGGUCGCCUGCCACCCCUGUGGGGCCCACAUCCUGGAGGCUGCCUUGCUGAGGGCCCCCUUGCUGAUUGCUGAUGGAGCAGAGGAGGCUGGGGCGCUGGAGGACCUGGUUCUGGAGCUGGGACGGGCCAUGCGGGAGGAGCUGUCGGUCUUUGCAUUGGACGCUCAUGCCAGCUUUGUGGUGCGGACACUGCUGCAGGCUCUUGGAGGAGUCCGAGUCGGGUCAGAUGGAGGCCGGGCGCUGUCGGGCUUAGGAACAUCCCAUUCCAGAGCCAAGAAAGCUAAGUUGGUGAGCGAUGGGCCCAAGGAGUUUGAGGUCCCAGACUCUUUUCUCGCUCUGCUGCGUGAAUUCAGCCAGUGCCUUCAGGAGCACAUUUCCGAUUUCAUUACAAACAAAUGUUUCAGCCUCUGUCUCCAGGUAUCCCUGGAGGUCUUGCACCGGAAGCUUCCGGAAGAAUGUGCAGAGCUGUGCCAUGCAGUGAUUGGCUACUUGAGCUCCUGCAACCCUUCUGCUGGGCAAAGCACCCUCCUGGUGUUUCUGAAGGACGUGACAUGCAGCCGGGUGCUGGACAAGGUCCUGGAAGUGUCUGCGCCGAAGGCCCUGCGCGCCUUCUACAAAGCUCACGUGAAGGGGCAGCUGCGGGUGCUGGCUGUACACGAGGUGGCCAACUUCACCCUGCAGCGGCUCAUCCAGGCGGCCUCCCGCAAGCUGCUGGGGCAACUGUUUGAAGAGCUGGCCCCAGGGGUGGAAGAGAUCAUGGCCCACGAGCACCUGGGCGUGGUUACAGCGCUGCUGGGGGCCUGCAGAAGACAUGGGGCUCACCAGCAGGAGGUGCUGCAGACCCUCCUGGAGGCAUUCCACUGCUGGGAGCCUCCGCCGCGCCAGCUGGCGUGUGUCCCUCUGAUUGCUUCUGUGCUGGCUUAUGAGGUGUACUACGGCGAGGAGGGAGAGGAGAACCCACCAGCCCGCCAGGCCGGCGCGGCGCGGCCCCUGAGCUCGGUCUCCUACCACGGCUCCCUGAUGCUGCAGCACCUGCUCCACUUCGCUGACCCCUCCGCCGUGCUGCGCAGCCUGGCCGCCCUGGGCCCUGAGGAUCUGGUGACCCUGGCCUGUGACCCGGCGGGCAGCCACGUCUUCGACGCCCUCCUGGCCAGCCCCUCCGUGCCCGAGAAGCAGAGGCGCAAAGUGUUGCGUCGGCUCAAGGGCUGCUACGUGUCCGUGGCCUGCAGCAAGCAUGGGAGCCGCGUCCUGGAUGCGAUCUGGAGCAGGGCCACUCUGCCGGCCAAGCAGGAGAUGGCGCAGGAGCUGGCGGCACAGGAGCCUCGGCUGCGGCACGACCCCUUCGGGCAUCACCUGGUCCGGAACUUUGCCCUGACCCACUUCCUCAGCCGCCGGCGGGACUGGGACCGGCACCAGGAGGCGGAGAAGAAGCGGCGGGAGCUUUUUGCCGAGCUCUUGGACUGACCCAGGAGGGGGACGUACGCCCUGCGACUGCAGCGUGUUGCUGAGGGGUGAGAGCAGGGGGUGGAUGCCUGUGCCCGGCCCAUGCGCCCUAAGACUGUUCCUGCCCAGGGAAGCGGCGCACGUGGGGUGCAGCGGGCCCCCCUUCUGCUCCUGCUGCUCCAGAUGGAUGUAGUCUUGGCAGAUGGAAGAAUAGAAGAGACGCGUUUCUUUGCACGUGUCGUGCGACGGUUCCUUCAGAGCAGUCCUUGGUUGACCUGCUUCAUUAAGACGCCUUCCUUGUCA